AUGACAUCAUCAGUGUCCAACCAGUCUGUCUCCGCACAGUUCUAUUUCCUGUCAGGGGAAACUAUGUCAGGACCAAUCUUGGCCCACAGCCUGGUUAAACAAAGCCUGGUUACGGCGCUGAGGUGUGGCCGGCGGCGCUCCGAUAAACCAGCAGAGUUUCCGUUUUAUGAUAAACAGCACAAACUGGAAACUGAAGGUCAAAGACCACAUUACCUCACCCACCAGCCAUCACACAGCCCACGUUACCUCACCCACCGGCCAUCACACAGCCCACGUUACCUCACCCGCCGGCCAUCACACAGCCCACGUUACCUCACCCACCGGCCAUCACACAGCCCACGUUACCUCACCCGCCGGCCAUCACACAGCCCACGUUACCUCACCCGCCGGCCAUCACACAGCCCACGUUACCUCACCCGCCGGCCCUUCACAGCCCAUGUUACCUCACCCGCCGGCCCUUCUCAGCCCACGUUACCUCACCCGCCGGCCCUUCUCAGCCCACGUUACCUCACCCGCCGACCCACACAGCCCACGUUACCUCACCCGCCAGCCCUUCACAGCCCACAUUACCUCACCCGCCGGCCCUUCACAGCCCAUGUUACCUCACCCGCCGGCCCACACAGUCCAAGGUACCUCACCCACCAGCCCACACAGCCCACGUUACCUCACCCACCAGCCCACACAGUCCACGUUACCUCACCCACCAGCCCACACAGCCCACGUUACCUCACCCACCAGCCCACACAGUCCAAGUUACCUCACCCACCGGCCCACACAGCCCACGUUACCUCACCCACCAGUCCACACAGCCCACAUUACCUCACCCACCGGCCCACACAGUCCACGUUACCUCACCCACCAGUCCACACAGCCCACGUUACCUCACCCACCGGCCUGCACAGCCCACGUUACCUCACCCACCAGCCCGCACAGCCCUCGAUACCUCACCCACCAGCCCACACAGCCCACAUUACCUCACCCACCGGCCCUCACAGUCCACGUUACCUCACCCGCCAACCAUCACACAGCCCACGGUACCUCACCCACCAGCCCACAGAGUCCACGUUACCUCACCCACCGGCCAUCACACAGCCCACGUUACCUCACCCACCGGCCCACACAGCCCACGAUACCUCACCGCCGGCCCACGUUACCUCACCCGCUGGCCCACACAGCCCACGAUAUCUCACCCGCCGGCUCACACAGCCCACGUUACCUCACCCGCCGGCCCUUAUCAGCCCACGUUACCUCACCCGCCGGCCCUUCUCAGCCCACGUUACCUCACCCGCCGACCCACACAGCCCACGUUACCUCACCCGCCGGCCAUCACACAGCCCACGUUACCUCACCCGCCGGCCCACACAGCCCACGAUACCUUACCCACCGGCCCACAUAGCCCACGAUACCUCACCGCCGGCCCACGUUACCUCACCCGCCGGCCCUUCUCAGCCCACGUUACCUCACCCGCCGGCCCUUCUCAGCCCACGUUACCUCACCCGCCGACCCACACACCCCACGUUACCUCACCCGCCGGCCAUUCACCGCCCACGUUACGUCACCCCGCCGGCCCUUCACAGCCCAUGUUACCUCACCCGCCGGCCCACACAGUCCAAGGUACCUCACCCACCAGCCCACACAGCCCACGUUACCUCACCCACCAGCCCACACAGCCCACGUUACCUCACCCACCAGCCCACACAGUCCACGUUACCUCACCCACCAGCCCACACAGCCCACGUUACCUCACCCACCAGCCCACACAGUCCAAGUUACCUCACCCACCGGCCCACACAGCCCACGUUACCUCACCCACCGGCCCACACAGUCCACGUUACCUCACCCACCAGUCCACACAGCCCACGUUACCUCACCCACCGGCCUGCACAGCCCACGUUACCUCACCCACCAGCCCGCACAGCCCUCGAUACCUCACCCACCGGCCUGCACAGCCCACGUUACCUCACCCACCGGCCCUCACAGUCCACGUUACCUCACCCGCCAACCAUCACACAGCCCACGAAACAGAGCCAGUAUUCUCUGGGUGAACCAGAACUGGAGUGGAGUUGCUGGGAUAAAAGACGAAGGAGAGGUGGAGGGGAGGAAGGUGAGGCAGCUGCAGAGCGAACGGCGGCGCAGUGGGCUGAGCUACACGCUGGUGUGGCUCCAAGUCUCCCAUAA